CAUGACGCAGCCGUGGGGGCAGCCAGAGGAGCUACAGAUACACUGAGCUGUGCUGGAGCCGAGAGGCAGAGCAGAGCUGUUCUGCUCAUUGCCGUGGCACAGCUUUAGGGUUAAAGCUCUCCUUCAUCUCGAGCUGCUUAGGCUGGAGCUCAGCCAGCAGUGACGCAGGGAGCAAAGGGGAAGGGCAGGAAGCUGGCAGCCUGCACUCAGCAGAGAGCAAGGCUUUGGUGUCAGUGUGUUAAGCAGGCUCUGCAAAGCCAGCCCUUCUGGGUAAGGCUCCCGUUAGGCUGAACCACCGCAGAAGGCAGCACCGUGCUCCUCUUUUCUGCUCCCUGAGGCUGUUGGCUCCUGAACACAGCUCAGCAUGGAGCUGCCCCCUGAGCAGCCCGCGGAUGGGGAUGAUGGUGGCAUGAGUGAGAACCCCUACAAGGGGCUGGUGAGCCGCCUGCGGGCAGCCUGGCUCUCAGGGAGGACACGGCCCUUGGAGCACCGCAUGGCACAGCUGGAAGCCCUGGGCCGCUUCUUGGAGGAGAAGAAGCAGGACAUUCUGGAGGCCACCGCCUCGGACAUGCGCAAGCCACCCUUCGAGGCUGAGUUCUCUGAGAUCCUUCUGUGCAAGAAUGAGCUCAAUGAAGCCCUGAACAACCUGCCCCGGUGGAUGAAGGACAAGCAUGUGGACAAGAACCUGGCGACACAGCUGGACUCGGCCUUCAUCCGCAAGGACCCCUAUGGGGUAGUGCUCAUCAUUGGGUCCUGGAACUACCCCAUCUACCUCCUCCUGGCGCCCCUAAUCGGGGCCAUCGCUGCUGGUAACUGCGCCAUCAUCAAGCCCUCAGAGCUGACCAAGAACAGUGAGAAACUCAUGGAAGAAGUGCUGCCCAAAUACUUAGACAAAGACUGCUUCGCCGUGGUGACUGCUGGCGUGGAGGAGACCACCAGGCUGCUGGAGAACAAGUUUGAUUACAUCUUCUUCACCGGCAGCCCCUCGGUGGGCAGGAUCAUAAUGACGGCGGCUGCCAAGCACCUGACACCGGUGACGCUGGAGCUGGGGGGCAAGAACCCCUGCUACGUGUCCGACACCUGCGACGUGCAGAACGUGGCCCGGCGGGUGGCCUGGGGACGCUUCUUCAAUGCGGGGCAGACCUGCAUCGCACCCGACUACAUCCUGUGCAGCGUGGAGAUGCAGGAGAAGCUGAUGCCUGCUCUGCGGGAGGCCAUCACUGAGUUCUAUGGCCCUGAGCCCCGUAAUUCCCCUGACUUUGCCCGCAUCGUUGGGGAUGAACAGUUCAAGCGUGUGCAGGCACUGCUGAGCAGCGGACGUGUGGCCAUUGGGGGGCAGACAGAUGAGAAGGAGCGCUACAUCGCCCCUACGGUGCUGGUGGAUGUGAAGCCCUCUGACCCUGCCAUGCAGCAGGAGGUCUUUGGCCCCAUCCUGCUUGUCAUCACGGUGGCCAAUGUGGAUGAAGCCAUUGACUUCAUCAACAGCCGUGAACGGCCUCUAGUUGUGUACGCCUUCUCCUCCGACAGCAAGGAGGUGAAUCAAGUGCUGGAGAGGACAAGCAGCGGGGGCUUCUGUGGCAACGACACCCUGAUGCAUGUGACACUGACCUCGCUGCCCUUUGGUGGUGUUGGCUCCAGCGGUCUGGGGAUGUACCACGGUCAUUUCACCUUCGAUACCUUCACCCACCACCGGGGCUGCCUGCAACGUGGUACUGGCCUGGAGCCCAUCAACACCCUGCGCUACCCCCCCUAUAGCGCCCACAAGAUGGGGCUGGUCCGCACGGCCACCUCCAUCAAGCGCAGAGGGGAAUGUUUCCUCCUAUGAGGGACCACCGUGCUGCCACCACAGCCAGGGGAGGGUUGGGGGUCCUCCAGCCCAAUGUUAUCUGCUGCUGUGGAUCCAAGUGCCUCGCUAUGCCCACCACCGGCUUGGGGAUGCCCAAGGGCAACUGUAUCUCUCGCUUUAAGCUGAAAUAAAGAUGACUGCACCCACUCUGGGUGGGUAUAUGCCCCCCCCUC